ACAUCGGAUGAGACAAGGCAAUCUGCGGAAAAGAUCCAUUUCUUCAAUGUGCCUGCCUUCCUGACAGUUUCUGGCCAGCUCCAUUUAGAAGUGAUGGCAGGGGCUUUUACCCACGUGUUCACCUUCGGCCCAACGUUUCGAGCGGAAAACUCGCAGAGUCGCCGGCACCUGGCGGAGUUCUAUAUGGUGGAGGCUGAGCUGUCCUUCACCGAAAGCCUCCAAGACAUCAUGCAGGUUAUGGAAGAUCUUUUCAAGACAGCGACAAACACUGUGCUCUCCAAGUGUCCUCAUGAUGUUGAGCUUUUUCAUAAAUACAUAGCUCCUGCCCAGAAGGACAGGUUGGAACGAAUGCUGAAGAACAAAUUUGUGAUAAUUUCCUACAAUGAAGCAGUGGAAAUUUUGAAGCAAGCUUCUCAGACUUUCACUUUCAAGCCAGAGUGGGGCUGUGACCUCCAAACAGAACAUGAAAAGUACCUGGUGAAGCACUGUGGUGAGGUUCCCGUGUUUGUGAUUAACUACCCAUACGACCUCAAACCUUUCUACAUGCGGGACAAUGAUGAAGAUGGCCCUCAACACACAGUUGCAGCUGUUGAUCUCCUUGUACCAGGAACAGGGGAGUUGUGUGGAGGCAGCUUGAGAGAGGAGCGACUGCCCUGCCUCGAAUCACGCUUACAGAGAUUAGGACUCAUAGAUGCCUACCAAUG